AUGAACAACUCAAAUCCUCGUGAGUUGAAAGAGAUGUUACGAUUUGCCAUGGAAAAUUCUGAUAAUACGAAACCAACGGAAAUGGACCCGGAGCGUUCCCAGUGGCUGCAGCAAGCUAUGUCUGCGGUCUCGGUGGAUCUAACCAAACAGUUAAAAGAAGACAUUCAGCUGCUUGCAGAUCUGUUGCCAAAUGCAAAUGAUCAGGGUGAACAGUUGGAAACCGUUCUUGAAGACAUCUUAACAUUAACUGAAGACCUUGAUUUGGCAAAUGACUUUUUCAAGCUUGGUGGAGGAGAUUUGCUGUUUAAGCUAGUUCGCGAUGGUCCAAAGAUUGUGAAAUCUCAAUCGUAUGAGCUGUUGGCUCAUGUCACUCAGAAUAACCCGGAAGCGCAGAAGAUUUGUGUGCAACAGAAUAUGUUGCCAGCACUGAUCAAUUUACUCCCAAAAGAAAAGAACCUAAUACAUUUAAAGAAACUCUUGUUGGCUUUAUCAUGUUUGACCCGCGCCUAUGCUCCAGCCGUGGCCGAAUUUCGCAAAGCAGACGGAUUCACAGUCGUUUUGUCUGUUCUCAGCAACUUUGCCGGGGAUGCUGCAGCAAAACCAAUUUGUGACAAGGGAGCCUUCUUCAUAUUCUGCUUACUCCAAGAAGUUAUUGAUUCCUCGCUUAGUGAGUUCUAUUCGUCUCCUAACGUGCUAUCUGCUCUUUCAUUAUCAUCGCUGAGCCUUGGAUGCACGAAUGUGAUGCUAAAUUGUCCGGUUGCUUGUGAGCAGCUUGCGUGA